AUGGCGGCCAAGGGCGAGGCGGCCGAGCGCGACAAGGACCAUGAGGGCCGUGGCGCUGGCAAGAACCCCAAGAAGAGACGCAAGGUUAACCAUGCUUGCGUGUAUUGUCGCAGAUCUCACAUGACAUGCGAUCUCGAGCGGCCAUGUACGAGAUGCAUUAAGCGAAAUAUUGGCCAUCUAUGUCACGAUGAGCCCCGCGAGUCAGAUCCUAAGAAGAAGACGGUUGUUAGCAAAACCGCAUCUACAGCGUCCGUAGAUGACUCGGACACCUUGUCCCAGUCUGACUUGGGCCAUAGCUCCAUAUCCAGCGCCAUGGGCCCUCCCCCGACCUUCGAUGGCGCGAGACAGAGGGCCAACUCGGCCAUCGGGGCUGGAGGCGUUCUUGGGCAGGCUAAUCCAUUGUCCCUUGUGCAACCCGACGCUUCGUCAGGCCUGCAGGCUAACGCGUUGAAUAACAAUGGUAACGCGAAUCAAUUUACCGGCUUCUCGGACGCUUGGUUGACCGCACAAAACUACCAUGAUAUGAAUACUUAUAACCCCAACUACAUGAUCGGAGCCGACGUCACUCAUGAGUUUAACUUGCUCAACGACUUUUUGCACAACAGCAUUCUUGACGAGGGUGGCGUCGAAUCCCAACAGAAUUCGGCUUUCAAUCGGCCAGGAGGUCCAUCAGAAAUGCUCUCCGGCUUUGGCAACAGCAAUGGAUUGGCGGGCGGCGGCUCUGUAUCAGCUGGCCACAUGCCAGGGUCCAUGCUGCCUCCUUCAAACUUUGAUAGCAAGUCAAUGACUCGAUCUGACAAGGAAAAGACUCGAGAAUACUACCUCCAGGCAGCCGAUCCUUCUGGGAACGACAACCCAGAAGAGCGCAUGUCUCGCGUGCUCAAGGCCAAAUACGAUGCCGGUCUGCUCAAGCCGUUCAACUACAUUAAAGGGUAUGCACGGCUGGGUAAGUACUUGGACGGGCACAUCGCGUCCACAUCUAAGCAGAAGAUCUUGCGGACCAUCAACCAGUUCCGACCCAAGUUCAGGGAAAAGGCACAAGGGUUGACGGACAUGCAGCUGGUGUACGUGGAGAUGUGGUUUGAGAAACAGUUGAUGGACUACGACCGAGUGUUUGCAAGUAUGGCUGUGCCGGCGUGUUGCUGGAGACGGACUGGAGAGAUCUUCCGAGGCAACAAGGAGAUGGCCGAGUUGAUCAAUGUGCCAGUGGAUCAGCUGCGAGAUGGCAAGAUUGCACUUCACGAGAUCCUUACCGAGGAGUCGAUGGUGCGGUACUGGGAGGAGUUUGGUACCAUCGCCUUCGACCCAGCGCACGAUACAUUGUUAACGGCAUGCUCACUGAAGAAUCCCAGUGAUUCGUCGGACCAUCCCAUCGUCAAGUGCUGCUUCUCCUUUACUAUCCGCCGUGAUGAACAUAAGCUACCUGCGCUGAUUGUCGGCAAUUUUUUACCGCAUGACCCCCCUGUACAGUGA